AUGAGUAAGCCAGACGGGCCAGUCCAGCAAGAAGGGAAGCAUGCUGGUUGGAAAGUGGAGAUGAGCCACCAGGUUGCCAGCGGGUCGUUUUCUCUGCUAUUUCUCGACAAUUACACCAACGUUUAUGAAAACAUACAAAACAUCGCGGUUCGGAUCGACCCCGGUGCCGGUAAUGACGACGACGCUCUGCUCGUCAACUGUCACUUCGACAGUCCCGUUGGUUCACCAGACGGGCCAGUCCAGCAAAAAGGGAAGCAUGCUGGUUGGAAAGUGGAGAUGAGCCAUCAGGUUGCCAGCGGGUCGUUUUCUCUGCUAUUUCUCGACAAUUACACCAACGUUUAUGAAAACAUACAAAACAUAGCGGUUCGGAUCGACCCCGGUGUCGAUAAUGACGACGACGCUCUGCUCGUCAACUGUCACUUCGACAGUCCCGUUGGUUCACCAGGAGCGAGUGAUGACGCAGUGAAUUGCGCCACAAUGCUGGAAGUUCUCAGAGGUGCUCAUGCAUUCAUAACCCAACACCCUUGGAGAAAGCAGGCGAAGAUUCUGAUCAACUUGGAAGCCGCAGGAUCCGGAGGCCGGGAAAUCCUGUUCCAAGCCGGUCCGCGUGCUUCGUGGCUCGUGGAGAUAUACAAGCAAGCGACUUCGUUUCCCGUGAGUUCGGGGUUUUGGCAGGAUAUUUUUGACACCGGCGCGAUUCCGAGUGAUACGGAUUUCAGGAUAUUCCGAGACUACGGAGGAAUGUCCGGUCUGGAUAUAGCGUUCGUGAAAAACGGCUACGUGUACCACACGGAAUACGACGAGGAAAAACGAAUCCCCGCGGAAACCGUGCAAAGAAUCGGCGAAAAUCUUCAUAAGCUCAUUUUAGCACUCGGAAGCGCGGAUUGGCCUCGGGAUAACGCGGAUUCCCUGAGAGUGCACUUUGACUUCGCCGGUCUCUACCUUCUCACGUACGGAUCAACUGUAAGACACCUGCUCACCUUACUCGCAUUCCUGGCGACAGCAUUCCUCAUGAAGAAUCACGCCAUCUCCGGUCACCGGCGUUUGAGUGUGUACGCGAAGCAAGUCGUCGUGUCCACGACCGCAGUGCUGUUGUCCUGGGCUUGCGGGGCAAUCGCCAAUGUUUGCGUUGCCGGGCUUAUGGCCAGCUUACACACGACCAUGGCUUAUUACGGCUCCAUGUCUUGGAUAGUGCCCUUGUAUGUGGUGCCGGCGUGGGGCGCGAUGUCGGCUUGCCAGCGACUCGUUUCCGAGUGGCAAGCUGGAAAGCAUUUCGGAAGAAGCUACCAUACCAUCGACGCGGGUUCCAACGACACCCUCGAGAAGCAGGACAGCGGGUUCUGGACCCCGGUUCUCGACUGGAACACACCCACCGCCCUCUACGAAGCAGUUCCCCAAAUGCGACGAGCUGAGAGAUCCAACCUAAAAGAAGAUCAUUGUCAAAAACGACUGUGGUGUCACGCUCCGUACCUCAUCCCCGCCAUUAAUCUCGCACCUACAUCGGUUAUCGUUCACGCGCCACCGCCGACAAUAAAAGUGCGGAUGAAAAUGCAGCAUUUCCGGGAAAUUCACGAGCAGCGGAACAUCAAAACGAUCAAUUACACAACGAGCCUCACAAACGGGCCGGACCACAUCGCGAUUGUUGUAUCGCCAACCAGUGGAUGGAAGAUCGCGAGAUGGUCCUUCCACGAAACAGUAACGGCAUCUCUUGCCGACCCGCUCAACGGCCAACCCAAUUAUUACGUUUUUUAUUCGCACGGUCUACCUCCAACAACACCACUGGUAUUCUGGAUUCAGAUACAGCAAACGGGAGAAGAAAAUCAGGGAUCGGAGGAUGUAAAAUUGGAGAUGCUCAUUAUCAGCAGUUAUCAACACGGAGCUCCUCUGAACGACGCGAAAUUCCAAGAAUAUCGACGUCAAUUCCCCGACUGGGCUCUGACGAUUCCGUCCGCAGCGACGAUCGAUGUGAUAAGAAGACAUUAA